AUGCCAGCAGCAAAUCAUACACUAAUAUGCGAUUCCUUACGCUCCAUCAACUCCAGAGGUGUUUUUAUUGGAGAUAACCCUUUGUAUUUCGUACUUCCUCUUUUCAUCCUUCAAAUCACUUUAAUUUGCAUCACCACUAGAAUCACAUCUCUCCUUCUCCAGCCUUUCGGUCAACCUCUCAUCAUCUCCCAGAUCAUUGGAGGUAUAAUAAUAGGCCCUUCAGGUCUGUGUCGCGAUAAGAAAGUAUUAGCAAUGCUAUUCCCUGAAGAAGCUAAAUUGGUAUUUGAUACAAUAUCAUGGUUUGGUGUGAUGAUAUACCUUUUUCUUUAUGGUGUAAAGAUGGAUUUGAUUAUAGUUAAACAAGCAGGAAGGAAAGCCAUAGUUAUAGGCUUCUCAACCCUUCUUCUUCCAUUGGCUUCAUGCUUAAUAAUCUCCUUCGUUUUAAGACACUAUGUCCCUUCAGAUUCACAUUUGUUUUCUUCACUACCUUACAUUGCCAUGUCACAAUGUCUCAUACCAUUCAUUGUUGUAACUUGUCUUCUCACUGAACUCAAAACCCUAAAUACUGAUCUUGGUCGCCUUGCUGUAUCUUCAUCAGUUUAUGCUGAUCUAGCUGGUCUCUCAGCUACAUUGUUUGCUUAUAAUCUUGGAAUUUCUCGAGGUGGUUCUUAUUUGAUACCAUUAUGGGCUUUACUCUCAUCAUUUGCAUUGGUUGCCUUUAUUUUCUUGGUUCUAAGGCCAUUAAUGAAUUGGGUAGAUAAUCAGAUUUCUGAUGCAAAACCAGUGAAAGAUUCACAUUUUUGUGCUGUAUUGUUGUUGAUGUUUAUAAUUGGCCUUAUAAGUCUGAUUAAUGGCCAAAAUGUUAUGUUGGGUCCAUUGAUUUUUGGAUUGGUUAUACCAAAAGGUCCACCAUUGGGUUCAGCAUUAGAUCAGAAACUUGAUACAAUGGUUACUGCUGUGUUUUUUCCAUCUUUCUUCCUUAUGUGUGGUUUACACAUAGACUUGUCUACAAUAAAGCCAAUGGUGGCAGGGGUUGUGGGGAUUGUUGCAUUGCUUGGUUUUUUGGCAAGGAUGACUGCGGUAUUCUUUUCAGCUCUCUACUACAAUAUACCAAUGCGAGAUGGUGUGGUGGUGGGACUCAUGCUCAACAGUAGAGGCAUAGCAGAACUCAUCACUUUUAAGAUAUUGAAUGAAGCAGCGAUAUUUGAUGAUGAAGAGUAUGCACUUGCUGUCCUUACAAUUCUACUGAUAACAGCAAUCACAACACCAAUUUUGAGAAUCCUUCAUGAUCCUUCACAAAGUUAUACACCAACAAAUAGAAGAACCAUACAAGACAUGAAACUCAAUUCUGAUCUUAGAAUGUUGGUUUGCAUUCGAAAACCAGAGAAUGUACCUACCAUGAUCAACCUUAUAGAAGUUUCACAUGCUAGCAGAGAGAAUCCUAUCUCGAUCAUAGUUCUCAGACUAGUAGAACUAGUGGGUCGUGCUUCUCCUAUACUAGUAGUCCACAAUGAAGAAGAAGCACAACCCUCAUAUAAUAAUGGCAGCAAUAGCAGCAGAAACAACAACAACAAUAACAACAACAACGACAACACAACCAAUAAUAUUAAUAUUACUAAUUCAUACAUCUUUUGCUCUAGAUCAGAUCAAAUGAUCUUCAAUGCUUUUAAGCAAUACAAGUUAUUGAAUGAAGAUUCCAUAAACAUUCAACAAUUCACUUCCAUAUCUCAUGUUGCUACAAUGCAUGAUGAUGUAUGUCAAGUGGCAUGUGAUAAGAGAGCAACCAUCAUAAUAGUUCCAUUUCAUAAAGAAUGGGCAAUAGAUGGUAGUAUUAAUUCUGUGAAUUAUGGUCUUAGGGCUAUGAACAGAAACAUUCUAAAGAGGGCACCUUGUUCUGUUGGUAUAUUAGUUGAUCGCGGAACAAUAAUACAAGCUGGUCAUUUUUCUGUUGUUACAAGUAGGGCUUCCAUCUACAGAGUUGCUGUUCUCUUAAUUGGUGGACCUGAUGAUGACGAAGCUUUUGCCUAUGGUUCACGUAUAGCCCUUCAUCGACAUGUUAAAGUCACAGUCAUUUUCUUUAAUGAUAUCAAUAUGAUCAAUAAGAAGAAGAUGGAAAGCUAUAAACAGAUCAAUGGGACGAAUGAGCAGAUGGAAUAUAGAGAGGAAGAGGUUACAGAUGGGGAGAAAUUAGCAGUUCUGAUUAGAGAUAUUCUAGAGGAAGGUUAUGAUCUUACAAUUGUAGGGAGAAGACAAGGGAGAAAUUCACCAGUUUUCUUGGGUCUUACUGAGUGGAAUGAAUGCCCAGAACUUGGACUAAUAGGAGAUAUGUUGGCCUCACCAGAUUUUGGUACUACAUCUUCUAUUUUAGUGUUGCAACAACAAAGACAAAUAUGUAAUCAAAGCAAAACUAGUAGAAGAGGAGGAGGAGGAAGCUUUGGUCUACUAAAUUAUGGUUCAAAAUCUCAUAUGAGAGACUUAUCAAUUCAUGAUGUACCAAUGGAUGAGAAUGAUGAAACAAGGUUUUCUCCAGCUCUCAUGGUGACUUCUUCACCGACGGCGAGCUCUUUGGUUGGUAAUGGCUCUUCCUCUUCUUCCAUUGUUGCUCUCAACAUCUCUCCACAUCUUCCAUUGAAGCUUUCCUCAACCAAUUACCUUUUAAGGCGUGAACAAUUUCUUCCUGUGCUGAAAGGUUACGAUCUACUUGGUUUUGUUGAUGGAAGCUUCCCUUGCCCGGUGGUCUGUCCUACUUCUUCUUCGUCUACGGUGGCCACACUAUGGGAUCGUCAAGAUCAGCUCAUCAAAGACUCUGCAUCGGUGGCUGCUCAUCUUCUCAAGCUUCGAUUUGUAGCUGAUUCUCUUGUUGUGAUUGAUCAUCCAAUUAGUGAUGAGAUGAGGAUCUUAUUCUCUCUACUAUUCGAUAAUUAG